AAAGUAAAUUUAAAUUCAGCUAAAUAUUUCAGAAUGUUACUCACAGACCUAAGUCUAGAGGAUAUUCUUAUACCACAAAUUUUCCCUCUUCUAUCAUAUAGAGAUUGGUUAAAUAUACGAAGUACAUCCCGAGCACUUUGCUCGAUAAUUCAAGUUUUCUUGUCGAAAAAUCGAUCUCUUCCCGUCCCAGUACAUUCAGAAUCCUUGUUAAAAGUACUAACACAAUCAGCAACAAACAUCAGAGUUCUCAACCUAGCCAAUGCAUCUUAUUUAAAAGAUGAUGUCCUACGAGCUAUUCUGCAGAAGAACCAUAAGCUAAAAUCUUUAAACUUAAGAAAUUGUACAGCACUGACACCAGGAAUACUGCAGGUGGUGAGUAUACAGUGUAAAGAGCUGCAGGUUCUACUCCUUGGAGGAUGUGGUUGGGUAAAAACAGAUGCUCUUGACUACCAUACAUUCCAUCAUAAAAGACUACUCGAGACGAAGAAUAAUCCAGUCCCACAAUCACAGGACAUGUUGGCUGUUUUGGGAAUAAUUGGACUCAGGAGCUGUGUUCAACUUAGGAAAAAGUCUCGCUAUGUUGGAAAAGACGACCUUUUCUCAAAGCUGAAUAGUCCGGAUAAAUUAAAGAAAAUUAGCCACAAGCACCUGAAGAAGAAGCCAAGAACGCGCAUUCGUUCACUAGUUGAGUUGGAUUUGUCCAACAAUGUCGAGUUGUCAGAUUUAACAUUCACCGAGUUCUUCGUGGUCUUCAACCUCAUCAGGCACCUCAAUAUCAGCAAACUUCCUCAGGUGACGGAUAUCACAAUGAAGCAUAUUGCGGAGAACCUGAAGGAACUAGAACACCUUGAUAUUAGUGAGAACAUGAAGAUUUCUGAUCGAGGGCUGUAUACUGUAGCAAAACAUUGCAGGAAACUGAGGAGUGUACGGUUAGAGCGUUGUAUCGGAAUUACGGGACUAACGAUAGAAUUCCUAGAGAAAAAUGGAAUAAGGGUACAAAAAGGACGAGGAUGCAUGUUCAACCAGCCUGAUGCUUCAAUGCUCCCCCCAAUAUGGCUGUAUCCAUCAAUCCCAUCUUUUCUCUUAGAUUCUCCGGAGAAUUCUGAAAUUAUCCCACAGGGUCAGGAUAAUGUUAGUGUAGAGAACCUACUUCAGGCGUCAUCAUCUCGUAGAUUUAACCCUGGGCGCCUCGAGACAAGGAUGGGCUUUUCCCGCCAUUACAACGCACCGGAAUCGCUGCCAGUUUCAAGGCCUCAACCCUCACCUCAGAGCGGCGAAUUCUCAGGAUUAAGUCGGUCAUCGCAACCGGCGAGUUAUUCCAGUUCAGAAGUAAACAUGACGAGUGAAGCAAAAAAUGAUAUUUUUAAACAUCCCUAGCAUGCGCGUAGUGGAGG